AUGCGGUUGAUUGGUGGAAACGAUUUUCUCAAGCAUGAUUGCUAUCCUCUUUUCCUCGAGUCCGGCUGGCUACUCAUCGGUCACGUUGAUGAGUUCGUCCAGUUUCUACCUUCUAACGAGACGGGCCUUGGCUUCACGAUUGGUAUCGCUGACACUACGUCCGCCCUCGACUUGCUCAGAAAUACCUCAGCAGCGGGGCAUGGUAGCGUGCGGGCGAUUUCUUUCAACGGGUCUGUCGAAGGCUCUUCCUCUAUUACGAAAGAAGAGCUGACCAUGACGAUCGACGAGCUUCUUGCAAAUGAGACACUUCACGAGGUCAACGCUUAUGCGCAGAGGCAUAUUGAUGCUAAUCUGGGAAUCCUGCUCGCUGAGAUACCUAGCCUUCGCGACCAUGUGAUUCGCAUCCCCUCGCUUUUCAAGGCUCCCAAGGUGUCCUCGCGCUCCUCGUUCACUGAAACAGUGAUGGACGGAGAGUAUUUGCUAGUGAGCUUCAGCCCUGGCGGCUAUCAACGGCGUCGUGUUGGGCAACUACUACACAUCAUCUUAGAGGUUGCCAUCCGGGAGGCAGAUGCAAAGGCUGGCAUGGAAGUCGGUUUCGUGGACGAUACCAUGUCGCAUCACCACACGUUCGGUGUAUCCUCCAGAGAAGGAAAAGCAAUUUGGUGCGUUUCGAUACCCUUUCCUACACUACCACGCCCGUCAACGGCCAAUGGCCAAAGGGUGGCAGACCACGACGUGAAGCUAACACAUCACACAGGAUGCAUUAUCGCUAGCACAUUUGCUGCUAUUGCAGGAUCCAUCGGAGGUGUAGCUGGAGGUUUGUUCGGCACUGUGGCCGUUCCCUUCUGCUCUUGA